AUGGUAACCCCAACCCCUAUCUCUGCUCUCCCUCAGAGGGGUGGGACUUAUCUCAGGAACCUUUUAGAGGCGGAGCUACAUGCUACUCAGAGAACAGACAGGACCCCUGUUGAGAGAACAGACAGGACCCCUGUUGAGAGAACAGACAGGACCCCUGUUGAGAGAACAGACAGGACCCCUGCUGAGAGAACAGACAGGACCCCUGUUGAUUGUAAGACUACUCAGAGAACAGACAGGACCCCUGCUGAUUGUAAGGCUACUCAGAGAACAGACAGGACCCCUGUUGAUUGUAAGGCUACUCAGAGAACAGACAGGACCCCUGUUGAUUGUAAGACUACUCAGAGAACAGACAGGACCCUGUUGAUUGUAAGACUACUCAGAGAACAGACAGGACCCCUGUUGAGAGAACAGACAGGACCCCUGUUGAUUGUUAGGCUACUUAGAGAACAGACAGGACCCCUGCUGAUUGUAAGGCUACUCAGAGAACAGACAGGACCCCUGUUGAUUGUUAGGCUACUCAGAGAACAGACAGGACCCCUGCUGAUUGUAAGGCUACUCAGAGAACAGACAGGACCCCUGCUGAUUGUAAGGCUACUCAGAGAACAGACAGGACCCCUGUUGAUUGUAAGGCUACUCAGAGAACAGACAGGACCCCUGUUGAUUGUAAGACUACUCAGAGAACAGACAGGACCCCUGCUGAUUGUAAGACUACUCAGAGAACAGACAGGACCCCUGUUGAGAGAACAGACAGGACCCCUGUUGAUUGUAAGACUACUCAGAGAACAGACAGGACCCCUGUUGAUUAUAAGGCUACUCAGAGAACAGACAGGACCCCUGUUGAUUGUAAGACUACUCAGAGAACAGACAGGACCCCUGUUGAUUGUAAGACUACUCAGAGAACAGACAGGACCCCUGUUGAGAGAACAGACAGGACCCCUGCUGAUUGUAAGACUACUCAGAGAACAGACAGGACCCCUGCUGAUUGUAAGGCUACUCAGAGAACAGACAGGACCACAUUUACUGUCUGCACAUUGUGCCUUCUACAUCUCUAGUACUGAAAUAAAGACUUUUGACUGAA